UUGAGCCAAUAGAGAUUUGAAGAAGCCCCAAAAACCCAAAGUCGGAAACAAUUCUGACCCUCUUCUUCUCGGACCCAUCUUUCAUUCUUCUUCCUAUUUCUUCUCUCUUCGAUUUCAGACUCUCUCUGCUUCGUGUCAAUUCCGCACGUGCGUUAUUGUGGCGAAGAGGCCAUUUUCCGAUACGGUACCAUCCCACCUCUUCAUUCCCUUUGCCUCUGUAAUUUCUGCAAUCGCCGAUCGCCGUAGCUGAUUGCCGUCGUGGGUUUUCGAAGCCCUCUAUCAAUUCCGAGCUCCGAUCGCUGCAUCGAUUGAUUUCAGUAUGGAGGGUGUCUAUGGUAGCUAAAGAUGUGUAGGCGGGGCAAUUAUAAAGGUUUUCUUUCUAAGUGAUGUGGUACUUGAUACUUAGAGUCAGCAUCGUGAAGGAUAAAGAAGAUGAACGCACAGGCACAUAUGUCGGGACAAAUAUCUGGGCAGGUGCCCAAUCAGGCAGGUUCUCAGUUGCCUGUGCAACCCCAACAUAACGGAAAUGUUCCUUCCCAAAUGCAAAAUGUAGGCGGGCCUCCUCGUGGUAUGUCCAAUAUGGAUCCUGAGCUUAUGAGAGCACGCCAUUUUAUGCAGGAGAAGAUCUGUCAUGUUAUACAGCAGCGCCAACUUCCACAGCCAAUGAAUGAAAGGAAGUUUAGGGAUAUUGUCAAACGCUUGGAGGAGGGUUUGUUUAGAUCAGCUGUCACCAAGGAAGAUUAUAUGAACCUGGACACUUUAGAGAGCCGUUUGCAUAAUUUGAUCAAGCGUGCACCUCAGACCAAUCAGAGCCAACAGUAUCCACAGCUUGUUAAUAAUGCCUCUCCUGUUGGUACAAUGAUACCAACCCCUGGCAUGUCACAUAGUGGGAACUCAAAUAUGAUGGUUACUUCUUCCAUGGAUGCUUCGAUGAUUAAUACUGGUGGAACUACUAGCAUAUCGUCCACACCAGUCAGCACAGGAAACAUGUUGCCAGGUGGUGGCUUACAUGGUUCGUUCAGUAGAGCUGAUGGUUCUAUGUCUAACGGAUAUCGGCAAUCUCCUGUCAAUUUCUCCAUUGGCUCUGGAGGAAACUUGUCGUCAAUGGGUGCACAAAGAAUUGCAAGCCAAAUGAUUCCUACUCCUGGGUUUAACAACAAUAGUAAUCAGUCUUACAUGAAUUUGGAAUCCUCUAACAACAGUGGUGGGUUCUCUACUGUUGAUUCUAAAAUGGCAACUCAGCCACAAUUGCAAAAACAGCAUCUUGGUGGUCAAAACAGCCGUAUGCUUCACAACCUUGGAAGCCAAGGGGCUAGUGUAAUGAGGUCGGGCUUGCCGCAGAAAUCAUAUGGGGUGUCAAAUGGGGCUAUAAAUGGUGGAAUGGGAAUGAUUGCAAACAAUUUACCAAUUGUUAAUGAAACUGGCAUUUCUGAUAGCUAUUUGAACACUUCCUCAGCUUAUGCCAAUUCCUCCAAACCCUUACAGCAACACUUUGAUCCACAUCAGUGGCCUGUAACGCAAGGUGAUGGCUACAGCAUAAACAAUGCUGAUUCUUUUGGGUCUGGAAAUUACUAUGAUGGAGCAGCUUCUGUUGGGUCAAUGAUGAAUCCUCAUAAUAUGAAUUCAGUUAGUAUGACACCUAUAUCCAAGACCAGCUCUCCACUUAUAAGUAAUCAGUCCAAUAUGCAUGGCCAACAACAAAGUGUCCACGUGAAGCCUCAACCUGAUCAAUCAGAAAAGAUGAGUUUCCAGAAUUCUUCAAGAGACAACGUGCUUCAGUCUCAUCAGCACCAGCAAUUUCAGCAGCAGCAGUUAGCUCACCAUCAAAGACAACAGAAGCAGCAGAAUCAGCAAGCCCAGCAUUUGUCAAGUAGUGAUGCUUUUGUUCAGUCUCCAAUGACAUCUGAUCUAAGCAGUCAAGCAAAGCGUGAUAAUGAAGUUAUGCACUCACAAACAGAACAGUUCCAAAUGUCGGAGAUGCAUAAUCAAUACCAGCAGCAGUCUGCUGAAGAUCGCUUGAGAAAUGCUCAGCAUAACUCAUCUGGUCAGCAUGAUGUCUCCUCUUCGUUGUCCCAAACGUCUCAGCAAAUGCAACAAAUGUUGCAUGCUCACCAAUUGAUUGCAGAGACUCGAAAUGAUUUCAGUUCUCUUUCUGUUGGAGCUCAAUCAGAAUCAGCACUUCAGGGUCAAUGGCGUUCUCAAUUGCAAGAUGGGAGUAACCGGCAGGUUCACAUGUCACAGGAGCAGAAUGUCCAAGAAAAUUUUCAUCAGAGAAUAUCUGGGCAAGAUGAAGCGCAGUGUAAUAAUCUUUCUUCAGAAGGACCUAACAGUAGCCAAACUGUUGCUACUAGAAGCACAUCUCAUUCCCAAAAUGAUAUUCGGUUCAGAAAUCAACAGAAAUGGCUUUUGUUCUUGAGACAUGCUCGUAAAUGCCCUUCUCCUGAAGGGAAAUGCAAAGAAUUUCGUUGUUUAGCAGCGCAAAAAUUGUUGAAACAUAUUGGUCAAUGCACUGACUUGCAAUGCCCUGAUCAUAACUGUCUUCGCACCAAGAAGUUGGUUAACCAUCACAAGAGUUGUGUGGAUUCAGCUUGCCCGGUUUGUCCUGCUGUCAGGAAUUAUAUUCAGACACAUAAUGAGCAGAUCCGUCUUGUUCCUGAAUCUGGUGUGCAGAAAACAAUAAAUGGAUCUUCUAAAGCCUUUGAAAGUGUUGACUCUUCCACUAGAUUGAUGUCUAAGACGCCCUCAAUUAGUGAAACAUCUGAAGAUCCACAACCAUCUAUUAAACGCUUGAAGAUAGAGCAGUCCUCUCAAUCUGUUGUUCCUGAUCCUGUGAGUAAUGCAGUAACAAAUUCUGCGAUUAAAGAACCCCAUCUAUCCCAGGAUAUACAGAUUCAGGAUUACCAACAAAGUGAAAUUUCUAUGCCAAUUAAAUCUGAGUUCACGGAAGUGAGAAUGGAAGGUCCUAUAAGUUCUGGACAAGGGAAUCUUGAUGAGAUGAAAGAUAGUCUUGAGGAGAACUGCAAACAAAGACAGGAUGGUGUGCCUGCCCCUUAUAAUGAUCCUCCUGGUUUAGCUAAGCAAGAAAGUAUCAAACUUGAGAAAGAAACUGAUCCAGCUAAGCAAGAAAAUGCUAUGCAGACUGUGGAAAACCCAGCUGGAACCAAAUCCGGGAAGCCUAAAAUAAAGGGUGUAUCGUUGACGGAAUUGUUUACACCGGAGCAAGUUAAUGCACACAUUACGGGUCUCAGACAGUGGGUUGGCCAGAGCAAAGCAAAGGCAGAGAAGAAUCAAGCAAUGGAGCAUUCAAUGAGUGAGAACUCCUGUCAGUUGUGUGCAGUAGAGAAGCUUACAUUUGAACCACCGCCUAUGUAUUGCACACCUUGUGGUGCUCGUAUAAAGCGCAAUUCUAUGUACUAUACAAUGGGGGCUGGUGAUACACGGCAUUAUUUCUGCAUUCCAUGCUAUAAUGAUGCUCGUGGAGAUACAAUAGUUGUUGAUGGGACUGCCAUUCCAAAGGCAAGGCUAGAGAAGAAGAAAAAUGAUGAGGAAACAGAAGAAUGGUGGGUCCAAUGUGACAAAUGUGAAGCUUGGCAGCAUCAAAUCUGUGCUUUGUUCAAUGGCCGAAGAAAUGAUGGUGGGCAAGCUGAGUACACUUGCCCUAAUUGCUAUAUAAAAGAGGUUGAAAGGGGAGAGCGUAAACCAUUACCACAGAGUGCUGUUUUGGGAGCCAAAGACUUACCGAGGACAAUACUCAGCGACCACAUAGAGCAACGGCUAUUUAAGAAACUAAAGGUGGAAAGACAAGAGAGGGCAAGACAGCAGGGGAAAAGUUAUGAUGAGGUUCCUGGAGCAGAAUCACUUGUUAUAAGGGUUGUUUCAUCUGUCGACAAAAAAUUGGAAGUGAAACAGCGGUUUCUGGAAAUAUUCCAAGAAGACAAUUAUCCUACAGAGUUCCCAUAUAAAUCCAAGGUUGUGCUACUGUUCCAGAAAAUUGAAGGUGUAGAAGUAUGCUUAUUCGGCAUGUAUGUUCAAGAAUUUGGAGCUGAAUGUCAAUUUCCAAAUCAGCGUCGUGUAUAUCUAUCGUAUUUGGAUUCUGUUAAGUAUUUCAGGCCUGAGGUUAAGGCAGUAACUGGAGAAGCUCUCCGUACUUUUGUUUACCAUGAAAUUCUUAUUGGAUACCUUGAAUAUUGCAAACUACGAGGGUUUACAAGCUGCUACAUUUGGGCAUGUCCUCCAUUGAAGGGUGAAGAUUAUAUUUUAUACUGUCAUCCGGAAAUUCAGAAAACACCAAAAUCUGAUAAGCUCCGUGAAUGGUAUUUGGCAAUGCUUAGGAAAGCCUCUAAGGAAAGUAUUGUCGUUGAGCUCACUAAUUUAUACGAUCAUUUCUUUGUAAGUAAUGGUGAAGGCAAGGCUAAGGUUACUGCUGCUAGGCUGCCGUACUUUGAUGGUGACUAUUGGCCUGGUGCUGCUGAGGAUCUCAUUUUUCAAAUGCGUCAAGAUGAGGAUGGGAGAAAACAGAAUAAGAAGGGAUCCACCAAAAAGACUAUAACAAAAAGGGCUCUUAAAGCAUCUGGGCAGACUGAUCUCUCUGGUAACGCGUCAAAGGACCUGCUCCUAAUGCACAAACUUGGUGAAACUAUAAGCCCGAUGAAGGAAGAUUUCAUCAUGGUUCAUUUGCAGCACGCGUGCUCUCACUGCUGUGUGCUAAUGGUUUCUGGAAAACGUUGGGCUUGUAACCAAUGCAGAUAUUUUCAGCUAUGUGAUAAGUGUUAUGAAACAGAGCAGAAACGGGAAGAUAGAGACAGACAUCCUAUGAAUAUGAGAGAUAAACAUGAUUUUCGUCCUUUUGACAUCAUUGAUGUACCAGUGGAUACAAAGGACAGAGAUGAGAUCCUUGAGAGUGAAUUCUUUGACACCAGACAGGCGUUUCUGAGUCUUUGUCAAGGAAAUCAUUAUCAGUAUGAUACUUUACGGAGGGCCAAACAUUCCUCUAUGAUGGUCCUCUACCAUCUCCAUAAUCCAACUGCUCCUGCAUUUGUGACAACAUGCAAUAUAUGUCAUCUUGACAUUGAAGCAGGUCAAGGCUGGCGUUGUGAAGUUUGCCCUGAAUAUGAUGUAUGCAAUAGUUGUUAUCAGAAGGAUGGUGGUGUGGAUCAUCAUCAUAAAUUGACAAAUCAUCCAUCCAUUGCUGAGCGUGAUGCACAGAAUAAGGAAGCUCGGCAAAUGCGAGUUGUACAGCUUCGGAGAAUGCUUGAUCUUCUGGUUCAUGCCUCACAAUGUCGUUCUGCCCAAUGUAUGUAUCCCAAUUGCCGCAAGGUCAAGGGACUUUUCCGCCAUGGAAUUCAGUGUAAAGUUCGUGCAUCUGGAGGUUGUGUUCUUUGUAAAAAAAUGUGGUACCUCCUGCAACUUCAUGCUCGAGCAUGCAAAGUAUCAGAGUGCCAUGUACCUCGUUGCAGAGAUCUAAAAGAACAUCUGAGGAGGCUGCAGCAACAGUCUGAUUCAAGGCGACGAGCUGCUGUGAUGGAGAUGAUGAGACAGAGAGCUGCCGAGAUAAACAAUUCUGGGUAAUAAGAUUGUAAAUAAAAGAUUGAAAAGUCUUGGAGGAAGAACAAUUUUCUGCUACUUCCUAAACUACUUGGAGGAGGGGACACUUGAAGAAGCACUCAUAGAAGACUAAAGGGGAGCAUUUUCCAAACAGCAUAUCGGUUUAUACUCACUUUUUAGGGAACAAUUAUUUGGUUCUCAUCUCCAUGACUUAAAUAGUCCCCAAGAGAAGACAUGCAACAAAGAUCAACUCGAGCUUGCCCUUUUCAAAACAGCUGACAACAAUGCCCUGUUGAAGUGAGACGUUCCUCUGUCUGGCAAAGUUCAGUGAUUCUUUAAUUCUGUCUUCUUGUAGUUUAUCAAAUGCCAUUCGGCAUAUGUACUAUAUCAUGUCUUACAAAGAAAUGUGGGGGUGGGGGGAAGGCUAGCUUCAGGUCAAUGUUUUUCCGCUUCCCUCCCCCUCUGUAGCUUUGUGUUAAUUUAAGGAAUAAGUACCGUCUCUCAGUUAGUUCUCAUUGACAUUGUUCUCAUAUGUUAAUAUAUAUAGUCCACAGUAUUUCCAUA